CGCCAUACGUCAAUAAACAGGAACAUUGAAAGGGGAAAUAACUCUAAAUAAAAAUCGACACAUGUGAGGAGGAAUGACAGCUGUAAUUUUAGGUGGUGGUGUCAGUGGUUUAGCCUCGGCUUACUAUCUGGUCAGAAACUCAAGUCCAUUUAAAAGGAUUAUAUUAUUAGAGGCCAGUGACAGACUUGGGGGUUGGAUACAGACAUCCAGACUUGAUAAUGGUGCUAUAUUUGAGCAUGGUCCAAGAAGUCUGCGUCCAGCAGGACAAGGAGGAAAAAACACUUUGUCUUUGGCAACAGAACUUGGAUUAUCUAAUGACAUCAUUGCAGUUACCAGAAACCACCCAUCAACGAAAAACAGAUAUAUCUAUAUGAAUAAAAAAUUAAACAGACUUGCAAUAGGGGGUGGUUUUAAAAAUACAUUCUACCCGCAGCCCCCCUUUUCCAAGUCAGUGUUCAGUAUGGUUAUAAAUGAGUUACGAGCACCAGUACCUGACAAUGAUAUAGAGGAUGAGUCUAUUCACAGUUUCUUCUCAAGAAGAAUAGGACAGGAGGUUGCAGAUUAUCUUCUUGAUCCAGUGUUUCGUGGGAUAUUUGCUGGUGAUAUAUCUAAACUAAGUGUUAAAUCAUGCCUGCCUAUGGAUGUUUUAAAGAUUGAAAAAGAAUACAAAUCUUUAAUGAGAGGAGUAAUCAGACGCAAAGACAAAGAUGAUGAUAAUGAAGUAUAUGCAAUGAAUGAUAUAAUGAGAGCAACUAAGGAAAGAUGGUCUACCUGGUCCUUUCAGAAAGGAAUGCAACAAUUAUCGGAAAGAUUAGAAGAUGUAAUAAUAAGGCGAGGAAAUGUAGAAAUUAGAAAAUCAACACCUUGUAGAGGCCUAGAAUUCAAUGGUGAUCAAGUCCAGGUGAUUACAGACACAGAAUCUCUAACAGCUGACCAUGUUGUAUCCUCCAUAUUUUCUCAAGAUCUUUCAAAAUUACUAGGCAGUCAACAAGAUGAACUAGCUAACUUGCUUAAUCAGAUAACAGCUGUUUCAUGUAUAGUUGUUAAUGUAGAAUAUAAAGAUUAUGUGUCCAAUAUAGAGGGCUUUGGACAUUUACUACCAUCUUCUGAGGAUCCAUGUGUGUUAGGUGUUAUAUAUGAUUCUUCUACAUUCAAACAACAUGAUGCUGAAAAAUAUGUUUCUAGUAGAUAUACAAUGAUGUUAGGAGGUGCUUGGUAUGAUGAACUUGUGGACAGAUUAGGUGACUUGAAGGAAUCAACCAUCCAGGAUUACGCAUGCAAAGUUUUAAGUGAACAAUUAGAUAUAAAAACGGAGCCAUCUAAUGUGGUGGUGACCAUACAAAAGAACUGCAUACCACAGUACUUCGUAGGACAUAGUAAACUUGUGGAAUCUAUAGACAAAUGUGUAUCAGACAGUGCUUUACCUUUAAGUCUUGUAGGAAGUUCUUACAAAGGAGUUAGCGUGAAUGAUUGUAUUCAUAAUGCAAAAAUGACAUUGAAACAAUUUGAUCAUGGAAUUAAAAAAGUUGAAUCUCCUGAUGCAGAAAUUAUUGAAAAAAGUAGCAACGUUUAAAAUUAUGUUUUUUUUUCUAUAUAAAAAAAUAUAUUUUUAUAGUUUAGAUAUUUUAAUAAAAAAAUAUAUGAAUGCUU